AUAGAACAAAAGACAACUGCAAGAGGAUUAUAACACAUCACUGCCAAACAGCAAAAUCAUGAUUUUCUCUUUAAUAACCCCACUAAAUAUUUUAGUCUGUGCUGUCUGCUGUUUCUCCACAGCCCUAACGAUUGACGACAUAAUCCAUGUUAAAUUAAAUAAUGAUUUAGAGAAUGGAAUCCUAGAGAAUGAAGAAGUGUUUUCCGACUGCCAAGUGAAAGAUAUGACAAAGUGGGACAAACUUUUUACAAUGUUGGAGAACUCCCAGAUGAGAGAAAAUAUGCUGCUGCAGACUGUGGAUGAAGUUGUUAGUGUGGAACUGGAGAGCUUGAGAGCAGAAAUGCUGCAGUUUGUCAGUAACUUUGCUGGAGCAUGUGCAAGCAACAUUGAGAAAUCCACUGUAAAAAUUACAACAGAGUUGAACAGAUCCUUAGCAUCCAAGUGUGAGCAAGCUCAGCGACGAGAAAAUAGUCUGAACACCAAGAAGGAAAAUGAUCUGGAAAAUGCAGUUUUAUUGAACUUUAACAUAUCAGAAAGGAUUAGCCGUAUUGAAGAAGCCUUGCUGUUAAGGACAACAGAAGACAGCUCCAACUGUGCAGAAACAAGCUCUGCUCUUGAGGCUGUGCAGCAAAUGUUGGAUCAAACAAAUGCCAAACUGCAGACAGCUCAAAGCUGGAUCAGUCAACGAUAUCUCCCAGGAGGCUGUGAAUUGGCAAUAUUAUUCCCAAUGAGAUCACCUAAAAUAUAUGCGAGUGUGCAUCCUGCAGACAUGACUCUCCAGGCCUUCUCGUUCUGUGUGUGGGUUAAGGUAACAGAAGCCUUGGACAAAACCAUUGUCUUUUCCUAUGGCACCAAAAGAAACCCUUAUGAAAUCCAGUUGUACUUGAACCACCAGUCAUCUGUCCUAGUGAUAGGGGGCGACCAGAAUAAGGUAAUAGCAGACAAUGUGGUUGAACCCAGUAACUGGACAAAUGUGUGUGGUACAUGGAGCUCUGAAAAUGGCAAGGCAACACUAUGGGUAAAUGGAAACAACAGAGUUACUUCUUAUGACAUUGCAAAGGGUCAUGAAAUUCCUAACCGUGGCAUUUUCCAGCUUGGCCAAGAAAAAAAUGGUUGUUGUGUGGGAGGAGGAUUCGAUGAAUUAUUAUCCUUUUCUGGAAAGAUUACAGGUUUCAAUUUGUGGGACAAAGAACUCAGUGAUGAGGAGAUUACAUUGACUGGAACAGAGCAAGGUUGCAGCGUUCGGGGAAAUGUUGUUGGGUGGGGAACAACAGAAAUCCUACUUCAUGGGGGUGCUCAGUACAUUCAUUAGUUUGGUUGUCUUGAAAUAUAACCGUAACUUAUAUUGAAUGCAUUGAGCUAAGUCUUAUUUAAGUCAAGUUUUUGUAACUUCAAGAAGAUGAUAGUUUGAUUUAUCUGCUCAACAAGAACCAAUAAGAACCAUAACACUGAGCACAACUUUUCUUCCUUAACCAAAAUUCCUUUGAUUCAAAAUAAAAGUAAACGGUACUAACUUCUGGCAAAGCCAACCUAGAUAUUCAGUCUGAUCAUACUGUCCUUGGUAUUUCUGUUUAAUGUGAAUGCAGAUAUGCAGCUAAAAUACAUUUUAUAAACCUAAAACCUAGUUAUAACCACUUGUUUUAAUCCAUCUUUAUAUGUGUAAGUAUAUGCUACUGUAUUAUAUUGUAAAUUAAAUGUGCUAGAAUUGCAAUAAAACUACUGUAUUUUUGUAAAGUUGUACCAUAGAAGUUUAGCAGAUCAUCAUAGGUUUUCAGGAAAGAAGUACACAAAAUAUUAUUGGAGAUUUUGACAAUUUUUUUAAAGAAAAUAUGUUAAUCAAGAGCAAGGACAUCUAGUGGUCUGCAGCGUAUUUACAGUUUCCUGCAGGUUGGACCUCCCUUGUCUGGAACCCUUAGAUCUCCAGCUGUUGAGAAAACUAAUUCCUAGCAUCCUUGGUCACUAGGAGACAAUGGAGGCGGAAAGGUACAGCUCCUAUGAGCUGUAUGUACACAUAUUUGACUUAAUUACAAUUGUUCAGUGAUUUCAAUAUUAAUAACAUAAACACGGGAUUUACUGUAAUAACAAAACAAAUAUAUAUAUGGUUGGCUAUUUCCCAAUGUAAUCAGUUUCCUUAUAAUAAGAGUUUUUGUGAUUACAAAUGUUUUUUUUUUUCAAGCAAAAAGAAAAAUAAAUUUAAAUGGCUUUUUCUA